AAUAGAAUUGAACCACCAAUGGCAAUAGCAAGUGUUCUCAUUUUCUACUUCACUUUCCCAUGUCGUAAUACGAGUUUAAUAUCUGUUUUGCAAGCUGACCUACUUGCUUUUCCACUUCCUGGAUCUUUCUUUUCUUCAUGUCAACAUCGAUCCUUUAAAUCUUCAUCUCACUUUCAAAAUAUACUGAAGCAUAAAUCAACAAGUGAAAGAAAAUGGUAUAAUUAAUGUUUUAGAAGCACCCAAGGGUGUGCCUUAGUGGUGAGCACCAUGAGGUUUCAGCUUCAAUCCCCAACAGAGACAAAAACAAUUAGUGAUUUAUUCUCGGCGGCAGGUAUCCCAUAUAAUUAGUCAAUGUGCGCGAAAGCUGGCCUUGACAACAUAGUUGUCAAAAAAAAUUAAUUCUAUAGAAACUUCAAUGACAGGAAAGUACUCAUUUUGGAAACUACAAAAAACACUGUGAUUUUUUUCAUUUGUUCUAGCUUUGGUGGAUAGAGUUAGGUGCUACCUAUUACUAAUGGGAAAUGAUGGGUAUUCCGUGAAAUUAGUCGAGGUACAUGUAAGUUGACCCGGAUACUAUGAUUAUUAAAAAAAGUAGUCAUUUUGGAAACUACCAUAUGGUAAAUGAGAGAAGUUUGCCAUAGCAAACCACACUACCAGAGAACUUUUGACAAAUUUUCUUGAGUUUUCUGUUUAUCAAACAUGUCGGUGCCUUUCUCCAUGGCUCUUUGUAGCAGCCCACUUUUCAUUUCAAUUAGCUUUCUAUUCUCACUUUUAUUUAUAGUGAUGGUGACAUCAAGGGCAAUAGUAAAUAGUAAUCCUUUUAGCAGUAUCAAUCAUGUCAAUAUGAUAUUUGUUCAGAUUCAAAGCACAUUCUUCAGUAAUGAGAUCUCCUCCUAUAAGUAUUGAAAUGUCCUCCAAGUUGCCUUUUCUAUUACCCCCUUAACCAAGAGCUUUAAUGAUGUAAUGACAUACUCGACUCAGGCUUUGCUGGUGAAAAUAAUUGAUUGCAGCAGAAAAAUCAUUAGCAAGGAAAUGUUUCAUUCUAGAAGAACUCUCUGAUGGUCCUUUUACUGUUAUAUUGCUCCAUAUCCAAACUUUUCUCCCAUUUUAUAUAUGAUAACAAUGGGAGAACUGCAGGUGGAAAAGCAUGUUAAGUACAUUUUAGCAGUUGAAAAGAGGAAAGAUGAUUUUGAAUCUGUGGUGAUGGAGCAUCUGAGGUUAAAUGGGGCAUACUGGGGAUUGACAACUCUUGAUAUUUUGAGAAAGCUUGAUGCUGUGGAUCAAGAUGAAGUUAUUUCAUGGGUCAUGCAGUGCCAACAUGAAGCUGGUGGAUUUGGUGGUAAUAUUGGCCAUGAUCCACAUAUGCUGUAUACACUUAGUGCAAUUCAAGUCUUGGCCCUAUUUGAUAAACUACAUGUUCUUGACGUUGAUAAGGUGUCAAGCUGUAUCCUUCAUCACUUCUUCUGGAAUCUAUCAUUGCACUGGAGUUCCUGUCCAUGGACCUCUUAGAUCUCACCUAUAUGUAUUUGUAUGAAGUCUGUAGCACUAAUAGCAUUGACUGUUUUUGCCAAUAACCUCAGAAAUCAGUACUUGGAUAUGUUUGGUGGUAAUAUUGGCCAUGAUCCACAUAUGCUGUAUACACUUAGUGCAAUUCAAGUCUUGGCCCUAUUUGAUAAACUACAUGUUCUUGACGUUGAUAAGGUGUCAAGCUAUAUUGCAGGCCUGCAAAAUGAAAAUGGAUCCUUUUCUGGUGACAUGUGGGGUGAAGUUGAUACACGGUUUUCUUACAUUGCAAUCUGUUCUCUAGCAUUGCUGCGCCAGUUGGAUAGAAUUGAUGUUGCAAAAGCAGUGAAAUAUAUUGUAAGUUGCAAGAAUGUGGAUGGUGGAUUUGGAUGCACACCUGGAGCAGAAUCUCAUGCUGGGCAAAUUUUCUGUUGUGUCGGAGCUCUUGCAAUAACUGGUUCUCUGCAUCAUGUUGAUAAGGACCUCCUUGGUUGGUGGUUAUGCGAAAGACAAGUCAAAUCUGGAGGUCUAAAUGGGCGUCCUGAGAAGCUUCCUGAUGUCUGCUACUCUUGGUGGGUUCUCUCCAGCUUAAUCAUGAUUGACAGAGUGCACUGGAUCGACAAGGAGAAGCUUGCCAAAUUUAUUUUGGACUGUCAGGAUAAAGAGAAGGGUGGAAUUUCAGAUAGGCCAGAUGACGCGGUUGACGUCUUCCACACUUACUUUGGAAUCGCUGGGCUUUCACUUCUUGAAUAUCCAGGACUGAAACCUAUAGAUCCUGCUUAUGCGUUGCCUGUUGGUGUCGUAAACAAAGUUAUCCUUUCCCGUCUUCCUUGAUUCUGGUGCAUAAUUGCUUUUAGUAUGAAAUUACCUAAAUGUAUAAUACUCAAAGAAAGUGAUUGGUGUUGUUAGAACUGAAGCAUUGUUUUCGUCACCAUGGCUGGAUUCAUGUUCCUAUGCUGUUUGCGGGUCUGAUUGGCCUUAUCUCUUGUUCUUGUGCAACCUGUGUUCUGGUGAAAGUUUGAGAUUCAGUUUAAUAUAUAUACCGUUGUUUCCAUUUCCA